AUGUGUCACGAUGGUAAAAAGCGCUGGUUUGUCACUUUAGAUUAUGUAGAUGCACUUCUCAGCCUGUUUAGUCCUCAGCGUCUCUUGAUCAUCAAUUCGGUGGUGUUGCUGAUCCUGCUGAGCGCCCUCACCGAUCCUGACCAGUACCACCUCACGAGUGCUGAGUUAGGGGGUGAAUUUGAAUUUAUGGAUGAUGCCAAUAUGUGCAUAGCUACAGCAAUUUCUCUCCUUAUGAUUCUGAUCUGUGGAAUGGCUACGUAUGGAGCAUAUAAGCAACAUGCAGCUUGGAUCAUUCCUUUCUUCUGUUACCAGAUCUUUGACUUUGCUCUCAACACAUUGGUUGCCAUCAGCGUACUUGUCUAUCCCAGCACAAUUCAGGACUACCUCCGCCAGCUGGUAAAUCAAGUGAUGUUCACAAACCCUUGGGGGCUAUAG